GUUCGCUUAGAAUCGAUCGGUGCUGAGGACAUUGUGGAUGGCAAUCCCAGAUUGAUUUUAGGUUUGAUCUGGACCAUCAUUUUGCGGUUUCAAAUACAAGAAAUUGAAAUUGAUGUGGAUGAAGAGAAUGAAUCAUCCGAAAAACGCUCGGCGAAGGAUGCGUUGUUGUUGUGGUGUCAACGAAAAACACAUGGCUAUCCCGGUGUUAAUAUACAAGAUUUCACCUCAUCUUGGCGUUCGGGUCUGGGCUUCAACGCCCUCAUACAUUCACAUCGGCCCGACCUCUUUGAGUACAGCACGAUUGUCAAUUCGAAGAACUCGAAUAUUGACAAUCUGAAUCAUGCCUUCGAUAUGGCUGCCUCCGAGUUGGGUAUACCAAGUUUAUUGGAUGCCGAAGAUGUUGACUCUGCACGUCCGGAUGAGAAAUCCAUCCUGACCUAUGUGGCUUCUUAUUAUCACACAUUUGCACGCAUGAAAAACGAACAGAAGAGCGGUAAACGUAUUGCCAAUAUUGUGGGACAAUUGAUGGAUGCUGACCGCAAGAAAAUCUAUUACGAACGUCUCACAACAAAUCUACUGAGUUGGAUUAGACAAAAAACGUUGGAAUUACAACAACGUGAUUUCCCCAAUUCAUUGGAGGGUAUACAACGGGAAUUGUUGGCAUUUAAAGAGUAUCGCACGAUCGAAAAACCACCAAAGUAUAAGGAGCGCAGCGAAAUCGAAGCGCUCUAUUUCACCAUCAACACACUGCUAAAGGCACUUAAUCAACCGCCGUACAAUCCACAAGAAGGUCAAUUGGUCAACGAUAUAGAAAAGGCGUGGCAACAGCUCGAGUAUGCCGAACACAAUCGUGAAGUGGCGCUACGCGAAGAACUUUUGCGCCAAGAAAAACUGGAACAACUCAAUUACAAAUUCGAAAAGAAAUCUGUGCUGCGUGAGGGUUACUUGAAAGAGAUGAUCCAAGUGCUCUCCGAUCCGCGUUACUUGCGACAAGUAGAUGCAACAUUGAAGAAACACGAAGCCAUUUCGGCGGAUAUUUUAGCGCGUGUAGAACGUUUUAAUGACCUCACCGCCAUGGCCAAUGAGCUGGAGCGUGAAAAUUAUCAUGGUAAGGAACGGGUGAAACGGCGUGAGGCAGAAGUGAUGGAUAAGUGGCGUAAACUAUUGGAGCUGCUUGAAAAUCAACGCCUGAAUUUGUCACAAAUGAGUACACUGAUGAAUUUGUUGCGCGAAAUCGCUAGCACAACAGAAGCGAUAAAAGAGUUACAAACACAAUUUUCCUCUGAGGAUGUAGGUCCACAUUUGUUGGGCGUUGAAGAACUAUUGCAAGCGCAUUCGCUGCAAGAACUCCAAGUGAAUACGUAUGGAGAGACACUGAAACGUUUCAAUCGACAGGCACAACCUUACAAAACAUCUGAGCAAAAGGAUGCGGCGUUACUUGUGCAACGGCUGGCUGAGCUUGAGGAGGCUUAUGCUAUCCUACUUAAGUUAUGUGCCAAACGUCGUGCUUGUCUUGAAGAGGCGAGAAACUUCUAUCAUUUCAUGGAGGAUUACGACAACGAGGAAGGCUGGCUUGUGGACAAACAACGCAUCUGCAAGACAGGCAUCACAGCAAAGGAUUUACGCGCUGUACUCUCGCUACAACAGAAACACAAAGCGCUCGAGGAUGAGAUAAAGGUACGCAAGCCGAAAUCCACUCAAAUGUUAGAGGCAGCCAAGAAGCUUAUAGGUGAAAAACAUCCACGUUCGUCAGAUAUCAAGAGCCGUAUAGAGUCCUUGGCCGAACACUGGAAGGCCUUGGAGGAGUUAGUGGAACUGCGACGACGUCAGUUAGAAGAUGCAGCCGAGGCGUAUCAAUUUUACACCGACGCCAAUGAGGCUGAGUCGUGGUUGAAUGAAAAAAUGGCGUUGGUGAAGUCGAACGACUAUGGCACCGACGAACCCUCAGCACAGGCGUUGCUACAGCGACACCGCGAUCUACAAGGUGAGCUGAACGCCUACUCCGGUGAUAUACUUAAUUUGAACCAACAGGCAGAAAAGCUCAUCAAAGCGGGCAUAUGCACACUGGAGCUAUCAGCCGCCGAACCCGAAAUGCCCGAAAUCGAGCAAGAAGAAUGGGUUAACGAGACACGUCUAGUGCCGAAAGAGGUGUGGGAGGAUGAGUGGGUAGAAAAGUUGGAGCACAAGAAGGUGACUGAAACGAAACUACUGCCACACGUUCGAUCAAUGUUUCCCUUCGAGGGUCAGGGCAUGAAAAUGGACAAGGGUGAGGUUAUGUUGUUGAAGUCCAAAACGAAUGAUGACUGGUGGUGUGUGCGUAAAGAAAAUGGUUUGGAAGGUUUCGUACCCGCAAACUAUGUACGUGAAAUCGAACCACGCCCCGUACCGUGUAUUGUGCCGAAAUCUGAGAAGGUCAAAACAUUACAAAAGGUGAAGAAGACCAUUUUAGUGCGCCAAGUGGUGCCAGUGAAACGCAUCAAACCAAUUGCGGCGCCACCAAAACCACUCGUUAAGCGCCGUGCUUCUUCGAACAGUAUUAAUGAGAAUGCGGAUAGUGUGGAGAAACGACAGAAACGUAUUAAUAGCACAUAUGACGAACUACAAGAUACGGCACAAAAGCGCCACGCACUACUCGAAGACUCCAUACAUCUAUUCGGUUUCUAUCGCGAGUGUGAUGAUUUCGAGAAAUGGAUGAAGGAGAAAGAACGAAUAAUCAACUCAGACGAUGGUGAGGGCGUAGAGAAUGCCAAGCGAAAAUUCGAAAAAUUCCUCACCGAUCUUUCGGCCGCUUCCAAGCGUAUUGAGGAAAUCGAUGGUGCUGUGGAAAAUUUCCGUCGCCAAGGCCACUCACAACUGGAUAAAAUAAUUGCACGCCAACGGCAGAUACAUCAAAUUUGGCAACGUCUCAAUAACGCAAAGGCACAACGCGAGAAGAGUCUGGAAGGCGCAUCGAGUGUGGAUCUAUUCAAUCGCACCUGUGACGAGGCUAAAGUUUGGAUGAAUGAAAAAAUGUUACAACUUGACACAGCCGUCAUAAGUCCCGAUCUAAAGACCGUGCAAGCACUACAGCGACGUCAUCAGAAUUUGGAACGUGAGUUGGCGCCGGUCGAAGAGAAGGUGAAUCGCGUCAACUAUUUGGGCAACUCUGUCAAAAAUGCUUACCCAGCCGAACGCAAUAAUGUAACCGCAAGACAACAGGAGGUUCUGGAUAUGUGGAAACAAGUUCACGGUAAAGGCAGUGAGCUUCGUGCACGCAUUGAGAGCGCAGUGGGUCAACAGAUUUUCAAUAACAGUGCUAAGACCUUACUCGCCUGGAUCGACUCUGUUAAGGAUCAAUUAAAUGCCGAUGAGUCAGCGCGUGAUGUUGAAACGGCCAAUAAUUUGUUGAAAAAACAUAAUGACCUGGGCGACGACAUUAAAGCACACGACAAUGAGUUUGUCGAAGUGAUAAAUCUUGGCAAACAACUCUCCGAUGGCAAACCCAAUAUGGAGGAAACUGUGAAGAUCAUUGAUCGUCUCACGGCCGAACAGGAUGCUAUACAUCGUGGCUGGGUGGAGAAGCAAAAAUGGUUGCAACAAUGCGUUGAACUGCAAAUAUUUAACAGAGAGGCCGAUAAAAUCGAUGCGACCACAAAGAGCCACGAAGCUUUUCUCGAAUACAAUAAUUUGGGUAACUCGCUCGACGAAGUGGAAGCCAUAUUGAAGCGACAUCUGGACUUUGAGAAGAGCCUUAUGGCUCAGGACAAAAUACUUAAAGGUUUCUCCGACAAUGCCGACAAACUGAUUGCCAAUGAUCACUAUGAUAAGAAAUACAUUGAUGAUAGACGCAAUCAAGUUUUAGGCAAAAGGAAAGCAGUCGAAGAUCGCGCUUUUGACCGUAAACGCUCGUUGCAGGCUUCGAAGGACUUCCAUAAAUUCGCCGCGGAGGCUGAUGACCUCGCCGUUUGGUUAAAUGACAAAACUAAAAUCGCCGGCGAUGAGAGUUACCGCGAUCUAAGCAAUCUGCCACGUAAACUACAGAAACACAAAGCUUUCGAACGCGAACUGCGCGCCAAUGAAGGUCAAUUACGUAACGUCAACAAGGAUGGACAAGCUUUGAUAGCGGCGAACAAUCGUGUGCCAGCUGUCGAGAGUCGUAUGGGUGAUUUGAAUCAGAAAUGGAAGGAUUUACUCUUGCUCUCAGAGGACAAAGGGCGUAAAUUGGAGCAGGCCGUAUCACAGCGCGAACACAAUCGUGCCAUUGACGAUGCAAAACAGAAGGUAGCCGAGUUGGAUGCCGCACUUAAGAGUAAAGAUGUUGGCAACGAUUUGCGUAGCUGUAAAGACUUAAUCAACAAACAUCAGUUACUCGAGUCAGAGAUAACGGUGUGGGAGCAAAAAAUUGUUGAGCUCGUUAGUACUGGUGAUGAAAUGGCGCACGAGGGCCACUUUAAUGCUGUGCACAUCAAGGAUGAAACAAAGGAUAUACAAAAUCGUUUCAAAUUACUUAGUGGUCCGGUGCAAAAACGUCGCGAAGAGCUGGAAGAGAGUUUGAACUAUCACAAAUUCGUAUUCGAAUUAGACGCCGAAUUCCAAUGGAUAAACGACCAUAUGCCAGCAGCUAAGUCCAAAGAGUUAGGACAGAAUUUACAUCAAGCACAGACGCUUUCGAAGAAGCAUAAGAAACUCGAAGCUGAAAUUAAGGGUCAUCAACCAAUGAUCAACAAGGCAUUGCAAGCCGGUCAAACGCUCAUAGCACAAAACCAUCCGGAGAAGGAAAAUGUGCGCACUUUGUGUGGUAAGUUGGAAGACGCCUGGGCUGAUUUGGAUAGCAACUCGAACGAUCGCAGUAAGAAGCUGGAGAUGUCACUGAAGGCGCAGCAGUACUUGUCCGACGCCGGCGAGAUUGAAUCAUGGUUGGGUGAGAGGAGCAACGCCUUGCGCUCCACUGAAUAUGGGCGUGAUCGCGAUUCUGCCGCUAAGUUACUGACCAAACACAAGACAAUCGAACUGGAGUUGGACACGUACUCUGGCAUUGUUACCGAAAUGGGACACAAUUGUGCCGCCAUGGUAGCCGCCGGACAUCCGGACAGUAAAAUUCUUACUGCGAAACAACAGCUGAUCGAGAAAAUGCUGAAGUCGCUGCAUAAGUUGGCGCAACAAAGGCAAAUGCGUCUGAUGGAGAGUUUGUAUAUGCACGAAUACUUCCUGGAAUCCGAUGAAGUUGAACAAUGGAUACGAGAGCAGGAACAGGCUGCAUCAUCCGAAGAUUAUGGGCAGGAUUAUGAGCAUCUACAAUUGCUGCAAAAUAAGUUCGAUGAUUUAAAGCAUCGCGUUGAAGUCGGUUCGGAUCGCGUGAAUCAAUGUGAGGUGCUGGCGAAGAAACUCAUCGACACUGAGAGCCCAUACGCCACAGAUGUGGAGAAACGUCAAGAACAACUGAGAGAUUCUUGGGAAAAUCUACUACAACUGCUGAAUCAACGCGAACAGAAAUUGCACGCCGCCGGCGAAAUUCAUCGCUUCCACCGUGAUGUAGCCGAAGCCCUCUUCCGCAUACAGGACAAGAAUGCCGCGCUCUCUUCAGAGCUUGGCAAGGAUUUGAACUCUGCUUUAGCGCUGUUACGUAAACACGAAGGUUUCGAAAAUGACCUUGUCGCCUUAGAGGCACAGUUGCAGGUGUUGGUUGAAGACUCGGUGCGCCUACAAGCUAAAUACCCCUCUAAUGCCGCCGCCAUUGCUCAGCAACAGGAUAAGGUUGUUGCCGCAUGGAAUGAUUUGAAAGAACGCUCCGGUGCGCGUAGUGAUCGUUUAGCUGCCAGUUCGGAUCUGCAAUCGUUCUUAACUGAUGUGCGCGACAUUAUGUCUUGGUCAUCGAACUUGCGCGCCGCACUGCAGGCUGAAGAACAUGUCAGCGAUGCGGCCGGUGCCACAGCAUUGAAAAUCCAACACGAUGCUAUUUACGGUGAAAUUGAGGCGCGUGAAGAUAAAUUCCGUUACUUGAAUGAACUAAGCGAUUCGAUGGUGCAAACAGGUCACUAUGCAGCGGCGGAGGUGGAAGAAAAAUGUGCAGCCAUGUUAGACGAACGUCAAAAGUUGCAUGCGGCUUGGAACAAGAAGAAGAUUAUGUUGGAGCAAAAAAUCGAUUUAUUCUGUUUCCUACGUGAUGCCAAGCAAAUCGACAAUCUCUCCAGCUCCCAGCAGGCGGCACUCAGCAGUUCCGAUUUCGGUCAAACCGUCGAAGAUGUGCAAAAUCAGAUAAAGAAACACGAUGAGUUCGAGCGGCUCAUACAGACGCAGGAAGAGAAGGUGGCUUUACUCCAGGAGCAUGGCCGCAAACUAAUUGAGCAGCGUCACUACGAUAGUGCGAAUAUUCAAACAAUUCUACAAGGUGUGUUAGCGCGCAGACAGAAGGUGAAGGAUCUCUGCGCUGUGCGACGCUAUAAAUUGGAGGAUGCGCUGCUCUACGCGCAGUUCGUGCGUGAUUGUGCCGAAGCCGAGUCUUGGAUUAAUGAGAAGAAGAAGAAAUUGAGCGCUGAUGGUGCCAGUUACGCUGAGGUGUCCAACUUGGAUGAGAAGAUAAAGAAAUUGCAGAAGCAUCAAGCUUUCCAAGCCGAAGUCGCUGCCAAUCAGGGACGCAUACAGGAAAUACAAGAAACAGGCAUGAUACUCUUGACGAAGCAGCACGAGUCCUCGCAGGAGAUCAAACUAGCCGUUGAACGAGUUGUAGCCGCAUGGAAGAGCCUCAUCGAGGAGUUGAAUAAUCGUGGUCGUGGACUCGAAGAGGCACAAGACAUACUGGAGUUCAAUAAUCAGUUGGACAAGAUCUCGGCUUGGAUACGUGACAAGGAAAUGAUGAUACAGGCUAGCGACACUGGUCGCGAUCUGGAGCACUGCAAUGCGUUGGUGCGUAAACUGGAUGAUGUCGACUCUGACAUGCGUGUCGACGAUCAACGUGUAAAGCAUAUUAAUAACCUAGCUGACAAGCUCAUCAGCCAAGGUGAAGUGCCGGCCGAAACUAAAAAUAUUGACAAACGUCGUCGUGACUUCAACAGUAAAUGGCGUGAUCUACAGGGUGCGCUUAGCGCCUACCGCGCUCUCCUCGGCGAAGCGAAUGAGAUACAUGUAUUCAAUCGGGAUGUCGACGACACAGCCGAACGUAUUGCCGAAAAGGCGCUAGCCAUGAGCUCCGAUGACACAGGACGUGAUUUGGCAGCUGUUGAAACGCUCAUACGACGCGAAGACGCUUUAGAGCGUGAUAUGUCGGCGGUUAAACAGAAGAUUGGCGAACACGAGCAAGUCGCACAAGCCCUACUCAAGCGCUAUCCCGAACGGGUUAAGAUUAUUGAACACAAGAUUGACGAGCUGCGUUUAUCAUGGCAAAAUCUGCAAGACUUGGCGGUCAAACGACGAUCUGUACUUAAUGACGCCUACCUGGUACACAAAUUUGUGUCUGAUGUGAAAGAGUUGGAGCUCUGGGUGAAUGAUAUGAUAAAGAAAAUGAAUGCUGCGCAGGCGCCAAUGACUAUAAGCGAUUGCGAAACACAAUUGGAGUUGCAUCAGGAGCGUAAAGUGGAAAUCGAUGGGCGCGAUAAAGCUUUCCGAGAUUUGAAAGCACAAGGCGAGGCACUCAGCGACAUGGAGAAGCCAGCUAAUGUUAAGCAAUAUCUAACGGCACUUGCUGAACUGCACAGCACAUUGCACGAAGCAUGGAAUGAGCGUGCGCGCGAUUUGACCGAGGCACAUCAACUGCAUUUGUUCAAGGCGCAAGUGGAACAAGUCGAAAUCUGGUUGGCGAACAAAGAAGCCUUCCUGAACAACGACGAUUUGGGUGAUUCAUAUCCCGCCGUGGAGCGCUUGAUUAAGAAGCAUGAUGCAUUUGAGAAAUUAUUGGACUCAGAUAAUGUGACGGAGCUACAGAACUUCGCUCAAAGCAUCUUGGAGGGCGAACCCAAGGACGCUGACGUGAUUAAGGAAAAAUUAAGCUACAUACUACGUCGUAAAGAGAAACUUAAUGCCCUUUCACUGGAUCGCAAACAGAAAUUGCUGCAAUCACAACAACUGCACGAAUUCCUACGAAGUCUGUACGAGAUCGAUCGUUGGUUGGUGCAAAAGAUGCAGGUGGCCUUGGACGAGAAUUACCGCGAGCCGAACAACUUACAGAGUAAAAUACAAAAACACACCACAUUCGAUAGUGAAUUGUUAACGAACGCCUCACGCGUACAGGACGUUAUAAACGAAGGGGAGCGGCUGAUCAGAGAUGAGCACUUUGCCAAGGAAGAGAUUGCGCAACAGCUGAAAAUGCUCGAAAGUGAUUGGAAUAAGCUGAAGGCUGCGUCUAAGGAGAAACGCGAAAAACUCAGUCAAGCCUACGAAGCGCAAGCAUUCAAUCGCAGCCUGGAUGAGUUCAACAACUGGAUGGACGAAGUUGAGUCGCAUUUGUCGAGCGAAGAUUAUGGCAAAGAUUUGGCAACCGUUAAUCACUUGAUUAAGAAACACGAACGCCUCGAGGCAGAUGUUGCACACCACAAUGAUUUGGCCGAUCAGAUCAAACAAACCGAUGAGAAGUUUUUCCAAGCCGAUCACUUCCUCAAGGAUGAAAUUCACGAGCGCGCAAUGGCAACAAUCAAACGUUAUCGCACCCUCCACGAGCCCAUAGCCAUACGUCGUGAAAAUCUAGAGGAUUCUCUGAGUCUGCAGCAAUUUCUACGCGAUGCUGAAGAUGAGCUGCAAUGGCUUACCGAAAAGGAGGCGAUUGCCAACUCACAAGAUCUGGGCAGCAGUUUGAUCGCGGUGCAGGUGCUCCAAAAGAAACAUCAGGGACUUGAAGCUGAGAUACUCUCACAAGAACCACUAAUCAAAGCACUGCUUCAACGCGGCCAACAAAUGAUACGCGACGACCAUUUCGCCAGCGAACAGGUGCAAUACAAAUGCGAUUUGCUGCAGAAGAAGCUCGUCAAUCUGCGCGAUAUUGCAAGUAUACGCAGAUUGCGCCUUCUGGACGCGGUGGAGAGUCAAAUGUUCUAUGUAGAGGCAAACGAGGCUGAGGCAUGGAUACGUGAGAAGCGUCCAAUACUCGCUUCUAGUGAUUAUGGCCGUGAUGAGACCUCCGUGCAAUCGCAUCAGAAGAAACUGGAGGUGUUGCAGCGUGAGCUGGUCGCUUUCAAGAGUUCGAUUGAGAAGGUUAACAAGUUGGCGCAUGGACUCGUCGAGCGCAAUCACUUCGAUAGCGCAAAUAUCAGCACAAAGAACGAUACCGUCACCAAACAGUAUGAAGAAUUGUUGCGCUUGGCUAAAGAUCGCGAGGUGCGUUUGAGUGAGUGCAAGAAAUUGUUCGAGUACUUGCGUGAGGCAGAAGAUCUGCACGAAUGGAUUGGUGAUCAGAUGACUGUAACCGCUUCAGAGGACUACGGCGAGGAUGUUGAACAUGUUGAGCAGUUGAUUUUGGUCUUCGAGUCUUUCGUAUCUAACUUGAAUGCGAAUGAAGGUCGCGUACAAGCUUGUUUGGCGCAUGGCGAUGAGCUUAUUAAAGAGAACAAUCCCUACCGUGCUUCGAUAAAGACCAAACGUGAUGAGACCAAGCAGCUGUGGGAGGAAUUGAAGGAUCUAGUCAAUGCGCGUCAAGAUGCGUUGGCCGGUGCGAAGCAGGUGCACGUGUACGAUCGCGUGGCCGAUGAAACGAUUUCCCUGAUUAAUGAAAAAGAGGCUGCGCUCAUCUCCGAAGAUUACGGCCAAGAUUUAGAGAGCAUACAGGCUUUGAGUCGCAAACACUCUGUUUUCGAGGGUGAACUGGUCGCAAUUAGAGAACAAGUUGAUGCCGUACUUGUGGAGGCAACGAAGUUGGGCGAGAUCUAUCCGGACGCAAAGGAACACAUCGAAGUAAAGCGUGACGAAACAGUGGAGGCAUGGACGGAUCUAAAGGAAAAGACGAAUGUGCGCAAAGAGAAGUUACAACAGGCGGAGCACUUACAGUCGUACUUCGAUGAAUAUCGCGAUUUAAUCGCCUGGAUCAAUGAGAUGCUUGCCAAGAUUACAGCGCCAGAUUUGGCCACCAGCGUUGCGGGCGCUGAAUCAUUGCUGGCGAGCGUGAAAGAGCAUCACGCAGAAAUACAUGCGCGUGAUGAGACUUUCGCUAACUUCACUGCAAACGGCCGCAAAUUGAUCGACGAGAAACAUUUCCUGGCACAUGAAAUCGAAGAGAAGAUUCAGGUGCUACAGCAGCGGCACGAACUCUUAAAGAAUACGUUGCAACAACGUAAAGAAAUCUACGAACUCAACUUGGACACACAAAUCUUCCUUAAAGAUGCGGAAAUACUUGAAAACUGGAUAAUUAGUCGCGAACCAUUGCUGAAGGAUGCCAAACUGGGUGAGUCAAUACCACAAGUUGAAGAUCUGCUACGACGUCAUCAAGAUUUCGAAAAGACCGUUGCCGCACAGGAAGAGAAAUUCCAAGCUAUCAAACGUAUAACACUGCUUGAGCAACGCUUCCGCAAACAAGUGGAAAGCGAGAAAUUGGCCAAACAAAAGGAGAAGGAACGCUUGGAGAAGGAACGCCUUGAGAUGUUGAAACAAAAGGAAUUGCAGCGACUCAACGAUGAACGCCGACGCGCCGAAAAACAGCUGGAGAAUCGGCAAAAUGCUGCCGCACAAGAAAAGACGCCCAUCUUCUCUACGCCCAUGGUCGCAGUGAACACCAACAAUGCGCCACAAUCACCAGCCGUUACAGUCACCUCACCACUGCGUUCGCCCUUCGACGAGGAUCAGUAUUCGCUGCAGAAGAGCAGCUCUAGUGGCAUGUUCGGUGAUCGCCUGCGUCGCGGCUCCGAUACGAAUGUAAAACGCGCCGAAAGCAUGAAGGUGCAACAAAAACAACCCAAACGUACACCAUCAUUCACUACACGUCGACGUGCACAAUCGUUCCGUAAGAACCAGAAGGGUGAAGGUUUCGAUUUGCCACCCGUCGAAAUACAAGGUAUGCUAGAACGUAAACAUGGCCUACAGUCAGGCGGCAAGAAGGCACCCGUACGCUCGUGGAAACAAUUCCAUACCGUGCUAUGUGGUCAAUUGCUGUGCUUCUUCAAGGAUGAGAAUGAUUUCCUGCAACAGAAAACAGCCAAUGCGCCCGUCAACAUACUCGGCGCCAAAUGUGAGCGCGCCGAAGACUAUACGAAAAAGAAGUAUGUGUUCAGGUUGAAGCUGCCCGAUGGUUCGGAGUUCCUCUUCGAAGCGCCGUCAUUGGAAAUCAUGAACGAUUGGGUGCGUAAGAUAUCCUUCCAUGCUAGUCUGCCACCAAAUCUACAAUUACUCAGUUAUGAUGAAUCGAUGAAGCAACAGUCGAAUAGCUUCCCAGACAUUAAAAUCGCCAGCGGUCAGAUAGAGUCGCCUGUGAGUUCGCGUACAUCAUCGCCGGACUCUCAACGUCGUGCCAUCUCGCGCAAUGACUCAAUCAAUAGCGGCAUGUCGACCAGUUCAGCGACGCCACAGAUGAAUUUCCUGCAAAAACAAAUGCAACAGCAACAGCUGCAACAACAACAAAGGACAUCACCAUCCUCACCAACGGCAUCAUAUGGUUUUGAACAAAAGCCGCCAAUACCACCACGCGGUGCGCCGCCACCAGUACCGAAUCGUCAAAGCACCGAAAACCUUGUAGUAUUGAGAAAUCGCAAUAACUCCAGCAAUGAUUUAAAUGAAGCCAAUUACGGCGGCAGCACAGCCCGCCUACAAUCAUCCACCCUACCCGCAGGCAUUUCUGGCAUACAAAACGGUUCGAAUGACGACAACGUUGUGCUUAAACGCAACAGUGAGGCUAGACAAUCAGAAAACCCUCCACCUCUACCUGCCACCAUGCCACCUGUGGGAAGUGUCCAUGCGCAACAUCCGCAAAUACAACAACGCAUAAAUGCUUUAAAUGCCGCCGCAAUGCAACAACACCAACAGCAUCAACAUCAACAUCAUCAGCAACACCAACACCAACACCAGCAGCCAGACUUGCAACAUCACUCUGGCGGCAGUUAUAAUAUACGCACUCAACAACAACAACAUGUGAUGUCACGCACGCCGGUGGCAAGUGGACGCGCCGAUGCUUCACGCAAAUUCAUUGAGAUGGAGUCAAGCAACGUCGGCGGCGGUUUGGGGAAUUCACCAACGGUCACGGCGGCCAAACGUACUGUGCAUACAACAAUUUCGACCAGUUCGAAUUCGGGUGGCGGCAGUAAUAGUAACACCACCAAUGUCAACAAUAACAACAACAAUGGUAAACAACAUUUGUCGUUUAGUACGAACAAUAUGGGGUCGAAUUUAAUGAACAUGACAACAACAACAACUACCACUAGUAGUACAACAACGGCGACUAGUCGCACUGUGUGGCAUUUCACUACCGAUAACAACUCCAUAAAUAACCCGAGUUACAUGGGCUUGAACAAUAACGAUGGAACCGGCUGGGGCACGACACGUUUCGAAGGUAAUCGGCCCGUUUCCCUGCAGCCCGACUCGAUAAGUUUCUCGCGCGUAUCAGCGGAAAGCUCCAGUGAGAGUGAAGCGCAAUCCAUCUCCUCCGUGUCGGGUGUAAAAGGUAGCAAGAGUAAAGAGGAACGGCGCAGCGGCAUGUUUCGGAUAUUCGGACGUAAAGGUGGCGAUAAGGAAAAAGAAAAGGAUAAACGACGCUCCAGCCAGACACCACAGUAAUUAGUUAGACGAAAUUUUAUAAAAGUUGCGAAAAAAA